CGCGUCCAACAGCUGUUUUACCAGUCGUGGGGUGCAUAGUUUAUACUUAUUGUUUCCACGUGUUUACUUAUUAGAAUAUAUUCAGUUUUUAGGUUUAACUCGCAAUGGAAGAGGAUGGAAGCAUUAAAGCUCCUGUCACACGUAUGCGGCGCAGACUCUCUGUGGAACAGAAUGAUGACACAAAAUCACCUUCAACUCCUUCCACACCUACCAAAAAAAGAAGUGCUAGAGUAGCUACAAAACCACAGCUAGAUUUAAUUGAUGAAAAUGAACCUGACGCAACUGGAUAUGAAAGUGAUGAUGAGAGUCUUGUAGUUAUACCAUCUCCACAAAAAUGGGCUGACAUCAUUGGAGUAUCAGGGCCACAAGAUAUUGUAAUGCCAGGAAAUACAGCUUCAGAUAACACUCCUAAAAUAGUCACAAGAAAGACGAAAACGAAAGAUGUUCUAGAAGAAGAGAAACCUCUUACACCAUCUCGACGCAGCGUCAGAAUCAAGUCUAAUACAAGCAUUGUUGCAGUUACUCCUCAAGCCUUAGAUUCGCCAAGAGCCAAAAGAGCUGCUAGAAGAAACUCACAAAUUGAAAGUGAUAGUGAAGCUCCUCUUACACCAGCAAGACAAACGAGAAGAACAAGAAAAAAUUCAUCAUCUAGCAUUGAUCAACAAGAUGCAGUUUUACAUAACAAAACAUCCACCAUUACGGAAUCUAUAGCUGAAGAGAUAGAAGCAAAUGACAACAAUACAAAAACUUAUACAGACACAGAUAAAGAAAACUCAGUUCAUUUAAGCCCUAAAUCUAAAAGUAUAGCUGGUGAAAAUAAUUACAAUAACAAUAAUGAUUCUGAAAUAAAAGACUCAUUAAAUUCAGUUAAUAAAAAAAAUAUGUGUAACAGUGAGCCCUUUGUUAUGUUGAAUCCUUUAAUUUUACAAUAUGAUAAUGAGGGUACUGUAAAUUUAGUUAUCCAAAAAAGUUCAACAGAAAAUUCAAAACUAAACAUUGUUGAUACAUCUGUUAAUACAACUUUUGACAAUAAUAUUAAUGUAAUUGACGUAAACAAAUCGACAGCACGAGAUGAGGUCAAUUAUCAAGUGUCAAGUACUGCAGACAAUAAAAAACAUAGUGAAAAAUUGAAACUGUCAGAGUCAGCUGCCAAUCUGCUUAGUAAAUUAGAUCUUAAGCCGAAGAAAAAAUCCACUAUUAAUAAAAGUGCUUCAUAUAUUGAAGAUACUAAUAAUAUAAAAAGUAAAAGAUGUAGAACCAAAUCAUGGACAAAUGCAUCUCAAGCAUCCUUACCAAACAAUCACCUUGACUUUUAUAGUGACAAUGAAAUAGUAAAAGCAAAUAAGAAAACUAAGAAUACUAGUGAGGCACAUGACAUAUUUAAAAAAACUGAUUCUAUUGGUAACUAUAUAAAUAGAAAUAAAGAAGAGUGUAUUGUAAAUAAAGCAGCAAUCUUAACAGAUAGAUGUUCUAUUACAAUAGUACCACAUGAAGUUGAUACUAUUGACAACAAACACAGUGACGAAAGAAAUAGUAGUAAUUUUCAAAGUGACCAAAUUUCUGAAGUAGACUUAUUAAGAAAAGCACCGGUUUCAGCCAUACAAUCCACUGUGUACUUUGAAGACUCUGAUACAGAGAGUAAGAGAAAGUCCAAAAAUAAAAACUUAUCUGAUAAUGAAGAUCAAUGUGUUCCAGUGAUAAAUAACAAUUUUGAUAUCAAUAAUUCUCUAAAAACAUCUUGCAUUGAUACAUUAGAUCUAAUAAAUAAAAAGAAAAAUUCUUCAAUUGCUAAAAUGGCUAACCAGAAAUCUGGCGACAAUUCUGGUUGUGAGCCCAUGGAUAUUGAUGAAAGUGUUCCAAAUACAUCGAUAAUCAAUAUAUCUAAUAACUCAUUACAGAUUUGUGUUAAUGAUAAAGAUAUUAAUAAAAAAAGACAUUCUUCCCAAGAUGUUACAAAUCUAAAUAACAGUAAUAAUAAUUUAUCACAUUCAAAAUCACAAAAUUUGGAAAAGACACAAAAUGAAAAUAAAAGUACUCUUAUAUUAUCUCAGUUAAAGGAUGAAUCAACAACCGGAAAUAAUAUGACAAAGUCUCCAGUGCAUCGCGUCAAUGGAAUUAAUAACAUUGAUGACGAUGGUAAGAAAAUUGACAAAAAGAAUAUCUCACAUGAUUAUUCAACCAGUACUCCAUUACAAGAGAAAACUUUAAGGAAAAGGGCCAUGCAAAUUAAUACAUCGGUUAUAAAUAAAUCUAACACUGAAUCCAAAGAUGUUUUGCUGAUUAAUAAAGAUAAAAUCAAAAAGAAGACAAAGAAAUAUCAAAACCUCGAUACUACUGCACAGGAUAAUUCAGAUUCAGAAGAAGAAUCGUAUUCACACCAAGAAUCAAAUUCUGAGAGAAAAUCAACAAGAAAAAAAACAUCCUUUCUCGACGACGAACCUGAAGAAGCUAGUGACGAUUAUGAGUCAGGUGAUAGCAGAGACGAAGACGAAAGACAGUACGAAAAAGAAAAUGAAAUUAUAGAUAAAGGAGAAACUUUGGAUUCUGAUGAUGUAGUAACUGAUGACACUGAUUAUGAAAAAGACUCUUUUGUCGUAAGUUCUGAUGAAGAAGAUAAUGAAUUAUUGGAUGGUUCUGGCGAUGAUCUUUCCAUGAGUGAUAAUGAGCUUACGAUGAGUAAGAAAUCAAAGAAUAAAUAUAAUGAACGGAAAAAUAAGGAACAAAAAAAUGCUUCAAGAGAAAUGUUUGAAUCUCGUCAUAAUAUAUCAAAAUCAGAAAGGUUAAAUUCUAAAAAAGCGAACCGACAACGUUUAGACUCUUCCAGUAUAUAUUCUGAAGAAGAAUUGAAAGCUGCUUCAAAGAAACGUAAAAGAUUGAGAUUAAGUUCUACUCAAGAAUUGGAUACAGACGAAUUGAACAUUAAGAAGAAUAAUGGUUUAGCUGAUUCUGUUUUAAAUGUCAGUGCAAAUAAGGAACCAGAAAUAUCGAUGCAUAUUGAAACUGAUCUGGAGAAAGGUGAUCCUCUAGAAAUGUCAAUGCAAAUGAAAUUGGAGCCCAAAACACCUCAAAAGAAUUUGGACAUUACCACAGUCCCUAUCAUUGAUGAUGUUGAAGAAAUAGAGAUUAAUGUCAAUCUAUCAAUGGGCAAUGUCACAUAUGAGUCAUCUGAUCCAUUACAAAAUGUAGAACUUGAUGAAAAUGAUUCAUUAAGUGAAGAUGGAGAGAUAAUAGUUAACUAUGAUUCAAUCUUAAAAGAUCUAAAUAAUAUAAAAGAUCUCAAGAUUAAAGUAAACAGGUCCUUAGAUUCUAAUAAAAAUAACAAUGAAAAAUCUAAUGACCCAAUUAUAGAUCAACUUAAUCUUACUCAGAAUAAAAAAUCUAAGAAAACUAAUAAGCAUUCAUUAUCAAAUGGUAAAGAACUUCAAAAUAUUAAGGGUAAUGAAAAGCCCAAAGAAUUUGAUAAUGAUGAUUCAUCUAACUCUAUUGAUCUAAAAUUGUUAUUUUCUGAAGAUAGUAUGGACACUGAAAAUAAUGCUACUGAUAAGAACAGUGUAGUAACUAGUAAUUCUAAGGAAUAUAUUCCUUUAAAAAAAUCUGAAGGAAAAACAAACAUUCCAAAUGAUAUUACUGUGAUAAAAGAACAUAAUUUUUCAUUCAGCAAUGAAAAAACUAAAAACCGCAAGUCAUUAUCCAGCAUGGAAGAUUUCGUACAUAACCAAGAAGAUGAACUGCUACCUGUAUUUAUUGAUACAAUUGGGGCUCGCGGUGAUGAUCUACCUGAAAAUAUGUCUCUUAAUACCAGUAAGAAAAAGAAGAAUAAAACAGAAAGGAAUCUGUCAAUGAAUUGUGAACAAGUAAAUGAGACACUGUCUGAUACAUUUAAUGACAGUGUCACAGACAAGGAACAAAGUACAAAGAAAAAAAAGAAGAAAAAGAGACAUAAUAUAUCAGUUAAUACAUCGCAGGUGGUGGCAGUAGAAGAUAACAAAAUUAAUGAAGAAGAGGACAUGUCUGAAUCAACUAGUGUAAGUGCAGCAAAUAAAUCGCUCAAUGUGUCACUGGAGAAUAGUGCAAAGAAAAAAAAGAAACAUAAUACAUCUACUCGUGAUACUUCCCAGCAAUUACUAGAAAAAGUAAUUUUAACAGAUAACAAAAUGGAUGAAGAAGAGAACAUGUCUGAAUCAACUAAUGUUAAUGCAGCAAAUAAAUCACUCAAUUUGUCACUUGGGGACAGUGCAAAGAACAAGAAGAACAAGAAACAUAAUACAUCUAAUCUAGAUACCUCCCAGCAAGUAGCAGAAACAGGUAAAAAAUUACAUGAGGAACAACACACGUCUACAUCUAAUGUAGCAAAUAAAUCACUGAAUGUGUCACUGGAGGAUAGUGCAAAGAAAAAAAAGAAAAAGAAACAUAACACAUCUACUCUUGAUACUUCCCAACAAGUAGUAGAAAAAGAUAGAGAUGUACAUGAAGAAGAGGACAUGUCUGAAGCAACUAGUUUUAGUGCAGCAACUAAUUCGCUCAUUGUGUCACUGGAGAAUAGUGCAAAGAAAAAGAAGAAAAAUCAACAUAAUACAUCUACUCUAGAUACUUCCCUGCAAGUAGCAGAAAAAGAUAACGACGUACAUAAAAAAGAGGACAUAUCUGAAGGAACUAGUGUUACUGCAACAAAUAAAUCGCUCAAUGUGUCACUGGAGGAUAGUGCAAAGAAAAAAAAGAAAAAUAAACAUAAUACUACUCUGGAUACUCCUCAGCAAGUAUCAGAUAAAGCAGGUAAAAAAAUAAAUGAAGAACAGCACAUGUCUACAUCUAAUGUAGCAAAUAAAUCACUGAAUGUGUCACUGGAGGAUAGUGCAGAGAAAAAGAAAAAAAAGAAACGUGAUAUAUCUACUCUUGAUAUUUCCAAGCCAUUAGUAGAAAAAGAUGAGAUUCUUGAUGCUGGUUCCACUACAAUUAGUAAUAUUCUCGAAACAAACACAAAGAAGAAAAAUAAAAAGAAACAAAGUACAUCAUUCACUGGUUAUAUUACUUCAGAAAAUGUAAUACAAGAUGCUACAGAUGAUGCUCCUCUUGAAGUACCUUUUGAAAGUCAUAAAAAAUCCGAAAGUGAUAAUCUUGUGAUAGAGAGUAUGUCUAAUACUAUGAAUACCAAAAGCAAUGACAAAUCUUCAACUGAAGUUAACCUACAUAAUUCUCUGGGAAGUGGUAAAAAGAAGAGGAAGUCAAAGACAGACGCUAGCCCUAAAAUGGCAGAAGAUAUAUUGACACAUAGUGUGAGCACUGACGAAGUACAAAGUGGAAAGAAACGCAAACGAAAUGUAUCUCCUUCUACGAAUACUGAGGAAAAUUUGAAAGGUGGCCCAAAAAGAUCUGAAGUAUCUAAUGAAUUAUUAUCAAAUAGUAAAAAUAAGAAACGCAAGUUAGCUCAUCUAGAAGACAUUAAUGAAGAAAAAGACACAAACCCGAAAAAAGUUAAUAAAAAACGUAAGGAAAGGGAUGGUGAUGAAGAAAGUAAAUCAUCAAAGAUAUUCAAGAAAAACUCAUCUGAUAAAGUUAGUGUACCACGUUUGCCUUCAGCUAUUCUCAAUCAAAUAGACGCCAAGCCAAAACAAGAGAUACUGGAUAUGAAAAAAUCGAAAAUUACAUCAACAACACAAUUUCAAGUACAGGAAAUAAUUAAAAGGAAAAAUAAACCUUCCAACUUUUUAGAGGAGAGUGUGUACCUAAAUCAUACAAAAGAAAACAAGAAACAAAAGAGAAAGAUGAAAAUUCCUAAAGUUCUUCCUUUUAUACCCUCAGCUUCAACAUCAGGCAAUGGCUUUACUACUAACUUUCAAAUCAAUGUUAUACCAAAAGAAACUAAAUUUAUAGCUGAAACUGCAAAUAUUAAGAGUUUUAAGAAUGAAUAUUUGUACGGUAAAAAAAUUAAACGAUUAGGUACAUAUGAAAUGUAUAAGAAACAAAGAAAUGUAAAGAUGUCCAAAUUUUAAUUUGCUUAUUUUGCAUAUUGUAUAACUUUCCAUCAUGAAUUCCGCCUUUACCUUCUUUAUUUCAGUGGUAUCACUAAUGUUAAAACAUCAGUAUGUAACUAUUUUAAGUGUCGUGACUGUUAGUGCCAAGUUAAUAUUUUAAGUUUUCUUAUUCUUAAAUUUACUUCGCAAUUGUGAAAAUUUUCUACUAGAUACCUAGUUAUAUAGGCUGUAACUGAAUUGGUUAUUCAUGAAUUACAUACUUUUUCCAAAGAAACAUAGGUAAAUAAAUUUCGUAUAAACAACGCGGGCAUUUCCAUGGUCAUCUCACUACAUCUAUUCACAAAAUAAUUCUAUAUAGGUAUACCCCACCCAUGUCUCUUAAGAAAAAAACUUAAAUGUAAUCGAUUUUGAGAACUUCCACAUUAUUCCGAUUAUAAUCUAUCUGUUUGUAAUUUUAUAUCAAGCCUUAUAGUUGCAGAAUUGUAGAUAUUAAGCCGAUCAAUUGGUAUAGAUUGCAUAUUUAAUCUCGGGAUUCCUAUCUUUUUGUAAGUAAUAAAUAGUUAUUUUUUUUUAUAAAUAAAGUUUUUCAGCAGGCUGAAGAAAUCAAUUGUAAAUGUCAGUUACAUAGGACUAUUAAUUAUGUGUACGAGAAAGGAGAUAAAUCUAAGAAUUUGAGUUUCUGACUGUUAACAUAAUUUAUUAACUUAUUUGUAGAAUGUCACUGCAUGUUAAAGAUGUCAUGACAUUUUGGUUUAAUUUGUUGUAUGAAAGUGUUUUUAUUAUUAUUUUUCCUUAGUAUUACGAUUAUUUUUAUUUAACAAUGUCUCGAAGCUGCCUAAAUAAAGAGCAAGUAACAACCGUUAAUCUAAGUGUUCGCUAAAUAUAUGUACGAUUUAGGUUGUAUGAUAACUGGAAGCAACAAAAUCUAAAACAAAUGUUGCGUAUUUAUAAACUGUAAGAGUUUUGAUAUUACUUAUUUAGUUUUGUUCAUUCACCUUUAAUUAACAAAAUCAAAAUAACAUAUUGAAGUCACAUUCUCAAUCCCAUGCUGUGAUGUUGUCCAUACACAGUCCUAAAUUUACAAUUCAAAUAUACCUACAGUAGAAGUUAAUUUUCCAGUAUUUGUUGCAAAAGAAUUAACUAUUCUCUUGUAAUUAUUGUAAUUAAACGACCAUAUUACUAUUGCCUCAUAAUAUUUAUGUUCUUAAACCAACAAAAUGACUGUCGUUACUAUUAUCACACAGCAUUUACCAUUUUAUUUGUCACUAUUAAGAAAAUUACUAAAGUAGUAUAUUCAUAUAAAUAUAUUUAGUACUGAAACUUUACUUAGAAGCAUCAUACUGUAUCCAAAAUACUCUUUCCGUUAUUAUCCUAUUUAAAAUAACUUAAUUAUAAUCAAUAAUCAUUAUUUUAUCCUGACUAAAACUUGUUAUUUGCUGUAGUUUUGUAUAUGUUUAAGUUAUUUAGGAUUUUAUACGUUUCAAAUUUCCCGCUUAGGAUCGAUAAGUCACUAUGAUGUCUACCAGUUGUCGCCACUGUCGUUAAAAAAGUGGUAUUACCCAUGUGCCUUUUAUUUAGUUUGUUAUCGAUUGAAAAUUUGAUUAUUUUAAUAUAUAAUUCAAUAAACAUGA